UGCUCCUGACAAUGGUCUGAGCCGAGCUCUGCUUCUCAAAGCAAAAUUUGUAAUAUGCCAUUUUUCCUAUGGAUGCUUCUCCUCUUGGCUGCUGACGAAGUGACCGAAGAAAAUGCCGAGGUGCCAAGCAGCCAGUCUUGCCGGAGGACGAGUGCGGGGGCUUGGGGUUUCUCGGAGCAACGCCUGUGUCACCAUUGCUAGGAAGAUGCUCCAGGAGUGCUCGGCUGUGUGAGUCCCCGCUCGAAGCCGGUGGAGACUGCGGUUGUUAUUGAUCAAGUGAAAUAGCAGACGCCGAAAUAAAAGCCACUAGGUACUGAACCCUCUAUUUCUGAGUUAGACCUUCCCUCCUUAGCCCUGACAUCCUCUGGGAGAGAUGAUGUGCGAAGUGAUGCCCACGAUAAACGAGGACACCCCGAUGAGUCAACGGGGGUCCCAAAGCAGUGGCUCGGACUCGGAUUCUCACUUUGAGCAGCUGAUGGUGAACAUGCUGGAUGAAAGGGACCGUCUCCUUGAUACUCUUCGGGAGACACAGGAAAGCUUGUCACUUGCACAGCAACGCCUACAGGAUGUCAUCUAUGACAGAGACUCCCUCCAGCGACAGCUUAACUCAGCACUGCCUCAGAUGACGGUUGCUGCUGGUACGAGCAUUGAGAAUAACAUUCAAAGGACCAUAUCCUGCCCUAAUGAAUUUGCUGCACUGACAAAAGAAUUAAACGCAUGUAGGGAACAGCUGCUUGAAAAGGAGGAGGAGAUUUCAGAACUUAAAGCUGAAAGAAACAACACAAGACUGUUACUGGAGCAUUUGGAGUGCCUUGUCUCAAGACACGAAAGGUCACUGAGGAUGACAGUGGUGAAACGGCAAGCACAGUCUCCUUCAGGAGUUUCCAGUGAAGUUGAGGUCCUCAAAGCUCUGAAAUCGCUGUUUGAGCACCACAAGGCUUUGGAUGAAAAGGUAAGGGAGCGACUGAGGGUUUCUUUAGAAAGAGUCUCUGCACUGGAAGAAGAACUAGCUGCUGCUAACCAGGAGAUUGUAGCUUUGCGUGAACAAAAUGCACACAUUCAAAGGAAAAUUGCAGCUGGUGAAGGGCCUGCUGAAUCAGAGCACAUUGAAGGAAUGGAGCCAGGGCAAAAGGUUCAUGAAAAGCGUUUAUCAAAUGGCUCCAUAGACUCAAAUGAUGAAGCCAGUCAAGUUGUUGAACUCCAGGAGCUACUUGAAAAGCAGAACUAUGAAAUGGCACAAAUGAAGGAACGUUUGGCUGCACUGUCUUCCCGGGUGGGAGAGGUAGAGCAAGAAGCAGAGACUGCCAGAAAGGAGCUCAUUAAAACAGAAGAAAUGAACACUAAAUAUCAGAGAGACAUUAGAGAGGCAAUGGCACAAAAGGAAGAUAUGGAAGAGAGAAUCACUACGUUGGAGAAGCGCUACCUCAGUGCACAGAGAGAAUCCACCUCAAUACACGACAUGAAUGACAAGCUGGAAAAUGAACUGGCAAACAAGGAAGCCAUCCUACGUCAGCUGGAAGACAAAAACAGACAGCUGCAAGAGCGUCUAGAGCUGGCUGAGCAGAAGCUGCAGCAGACAAUGAGGAAGGCAGAAACCUUACCUGAAGUGGAGGCUGAACUGGCUCAGAGAAUUGCAGCUCUGACUAAGUCUGAUCCAACCUCUUCUACCUCAUCUGAUGAUUAUCAAUAUAUUAUGGAAGCUAAACUACAAGAAAUGAUCUCCAUACGUAGGAAGGCAGAAGAAAGACAUGGAAACAUUGAAGAACGUAUGAGACACUUAGAAGCUCAGCUUGAAGAGAAGAAUCAGGAACUUCAAAGGGCAAGGCAAAGAGAAAAAAUGAACGAGGAGCAUAACAAAAGAUUAUCAGAUACUGUAGACAGACUUUUGACAGAAUCCAAUGAGCGUCUGCAGCUACACUUAAAAGAGAGAAUGGCAGCACUUGAAGAAAAGAAUGUUUUGAUCCAGGAAUCUGAAAGUUUCCGGAAAAAUCUGGAAGAAUCUUUACAUGACAAGGAAAGACUCGCAGAAGAAAUUGAGAAACUGAGAUCUGAACUGGAUCAAAUGAAAUUGAGGGCUGGUUCUUUAAUUGAACCCACAUUGUCAAGGCCUCACCUUGACUCAUCAACAGAGUUGAGGUAUUCUGUGGGCUCACUGGUUGAUAGCCAGUCUGACUAUCGGUCAACUAAAGUGAUAAGGCGACCUAGGAGGGGACGGAUGGGAGUACGCAGAGAUGAACCAAAGGUAAAAUCACUUGGAGAUCAUGAGUGGAAUAGGACACAGCAGAUUGGCGUUUUGAGCAGCCAUCCAUUUGAAAGUGACACUGAAAUGUCUGACAUUGAUGAUGAUGAUAGAGAAACACUUUUCAGCUCCAUGGACCUUCUGUCACCAAGUGGCCAUUCCGAUGCCCAGACUCUGGCCAUGAUGCUUCAGGAACAGCUAGAUGCAAUCAAUAAAGAAAUCAGGUUAAUCCAAGAAGAAAAAGAGUCAACAGAACUGCGUGCCGAAGAGAUAGAGAAUAGAGUGGCCAGUGUGAGUCUGGAAGGCUUAAACCUAGCCAGAGUCCACCAAGGUACAUCCAUUACUGGAUCAGUGACAGCAUCAUCACUUGCAAGCUCAUCUCCUCCCAGUGGACACUCAACUCCUAAACUCACACCUCGCAGUCCAGCCAGGGAGAUGGACAGAAUGGGGGUAAUGACACUGCCAAGCGAUCUAAGGAAACAUCGGAGAAAGAUUGCAGUAGUUGAAGAAGAUGGGCGUGAAGAUAAAGCAACAAUCAAAUGUGAAACUUCUCCUCCUCCAACACCCAGAGCUAUUAGAAUGACACAUACCCUUCCUUCUUCGUACCACAACGAUGCCAGAAGUAGUUUGCCUGCUUCAUUGGAGCCGGAAAGCAUUGGUCUUGGCAGUGUCAAUAGCAGUCAGGACUCCCUGCACAAAGCUCCCAAGAAGAAAGGAAUCAAGUCCUCAAUAGGACGCUUGUUUGGUAAAAAAGAGAAGGCUCGACUUGGACAGCUGAGAGGCUAUAUGGAAACAGAAGCAGCAGCACAAGAAUCUCUGGGAUUGGGCAAACUUGGAACCCAAGCAGAAAAAGACCGAAGACUAAAGAAAAACAUAUCUGGACAUGAACUUCUGGAAGAAGCUCGGAGAAAGGGCUUGCCUUUUGCCCAGUGGGACGGGCCAACAGUGGUUGCUUGGCUGGAGCUCUGGCUAGGAAUGCCAGCUUGGUAUGUUGCUGCCUGCCGUGCCAAUGUGAAGAGCGGAGCUAUUAUGUCUGCUUUGUCCGAUACCGAGAUUCAAAGAGAAAUUGGAAUCAGCAAUCCUCUUCAUCGCUUAAAACUCCGAUUAGCAAUCCAGGAGAUGGUAUCACUCACAAGUCCAUCAGCACCUCCAACAUCCAGAACACCCUCAGGCAAUGUUUGGGUGACCCAUGAAGAAAUGGAAAAUCUUGCUGCUCCAGCUAAAACGAAAGAGUCUGAAGAAGGCAGCUGGGCUCAGACACUGGCUUAUGGUGAUAUGAACCACGAAUGGAUAGGUAACGAAUGGCUCCCCAGUCUUGGUUUACCUCAGUACCGCAGUUAUUUUAUGGAGUGCCUGGUCGAUGCAAGGAUGUUAGACCAUCUGACGAAGAAAGACCUGCGUGUGCACUUAAAAAUGGUGGACAGCUUUCAUCGAACAAGCUUGCAAUAUGGAAUCAUGUGUUUAAAGAGGUUGAAUUAUGAUAGAAAAGAACUGGAAAAGCGAAGAGAAAUGAGUCAGCAUGAAAUAAAAGAUGUGCUGGUGUGGAGCAACGAUCGAGUCAUACGCUGGAUACAAGCUAUUGGCCUGCGAGAAUAUGCAAAUAAUAUUCUAGAAAGUGGUGUACAUGGUUCACUUAUAGCACUGGAUGAAAAUUUUGAUUACAGCAGUUUAGCUUUACUAUUACAGAUUCCAACACAAAACACCCAGGCACGGCAGAUCCUUGAGAGAGAAUACAACAACCUUUUAGCACUAGGAACUGAAAGACGACUUGAGGAAAGCGACGACAAGAACUUCAGACGCGGCCCCUCCUGGCGACGACAGUUCCCUCCCCGUGAGGUCCACGGCAUCAGCAUGAUGCCCGGCUCCUCCGAAACGCUGCCAGCCGGGUUCAGACUAACCACAACAUCGGGGCAGUCUCGGAAAAUGGCAACUGAUGUUGCUUCAUCACGACUGCAGAGGUUAGACAGCUCAACAGUUCGCACAUACUCAUGCUGACAAGGCCUAGCAAAGAAGCCAGCACUGAAUUGUUAUGUCAUCUCUUUCUUCUACUUUACCUGAAGUGCACUACCACUACUUAUGAAAAAGAGCAUUAAAACUCUCUGCAAGAACAGGGUAAUAGGGAAGAGAACACAAAAGGUUUAUCAGACAAACAGAUCUGAUGUUCCUUUCAUGUAUUGGUUAAUUUAGAAUAAGAAUAAAAAUUUAAAAACCUAAAUUGCUUAAAAAAAUGACAAAACAACUUCCCCCUUUCCUCCCAGCAUCUCUGUCAUCAGAAAUUUGGCAGUAGUGCACAUCCAAAGCUUUUAUCAAAUGAAGCCACUCAUUUUUACAUUGUUUCAUCUGUUUUAUUGUAAAAUACUAGACAUUUACGUAUUUACUGUGUAUUUCUUUUAAAAUGUGUAAGUCUUAUGUAAAUGGAUAUAAAUAUGAUUUUUUAAAAAUAAAAUCUAUGGUACAUGGGGUCUCAGUGCAAACAUUUGACAAUACAGUGUCAAUAAUACUGUUUGUAACUUUCCAUUCCACCAUUUUUACAGUUUUUGGAUUGUAACAGUCAAAUGAAUAUGUUUAGCAGAGUUAGAAGCUUCAACAUGUUCCUACUGUAAAACCUGUCAAUAUUUAAAGCUGAACACCUGCCUCUGAUGAUGUAUAAUAGAAUGACAUAACCUGGAACUGGAGCCAAAAUGGACCUCUAAAGACAAAAUGGAAAUGUUAGAUAUAUAUAGAGAAGCACCAUGAUGGCUCACCUCUUAAAAUCACACAAAUAAACCCAGAACUGUUUACAAAAAAAAAAAAAAAAAAUAAAAAAAAAAAAUAAAGUAAUUAAAAAAAAAAGGUUUUAUAAAAAAAAAAAAAAAAAAAAAACUCAAAAACUUUCUUCUAUGUUACCUGCGGACCAAGAAGAAUCUUGCUUUACCAAGAGCCACCUUUUUGUUCCAGGACCUUCAGACACCAGCCAGCAUUGGAAAAUUAAAUCUAAUAAUUGCAUAGAAUGAAUAGAGUGCGAUUCUCAAGUUUCCAAAUAUAUUCCACGAAGAAAAUUAAAGAAAAGAGAAGCCAAACCCCACCAUUUCUUCAUCAUAACAGGGUAUUAGACAGGCUCCUGUCUAAUGUUCUGCUUUUAGCCAAGACGGCCUUGCUGAGACUUCACACAAGUCUGUUUUAUCAGAGGAAAUAACUGAAAGACAGAGUGAUUAAUAUAUAGUGUAUAAAAGUUUAGAAGAGCAAAUAUUACCUGCUGUGGCUUUAUUUGGUGGUGUUAUUGUUGUUUAUUCUUUGUUUAAAUGGGAAGUUUCAAAGUAAGACCUACUUAAUAGUCAUUUACCUAUUCGCUAUUUUUCUGCUGCUUGAUCUUAGCUCAAGACCUGUCUUUUAGUUAUUUCUUUUACCAGUUUGAUCUGCCAUGUUUGCACGUACAUAAACAUUUGUUUUGUCUAUUUUCAUUUGGCAAACUUCAGUCAAUCAGAUGGUGAAAGAUUUUUCUCCCCCAAUGUCAAUAAAAAAGAAUUCAGUGCUA